CGGAGGGCAGGUGGCCCGUGAUUUCGCUGCGAUCACUGAUCCGGUCGCUUUUCUCUGGACUUGGACUUGGGUGGCGCAUCCAUGGAGACCCAGCAACGGAACCGGAACGGAAGCCUGGGCAAGUCACCCGACUCGUCGUCCCCUUGUUUUUGUGCCUUACCGCUAGCGCCGCUGCCUGGUAGCAAUGAAGUCUUUGCGUCUAGCGUCCUCGCCUUCUUAUCCUCACUGGCGACUACUCUCCUCCUCGUGUAAGUGCCACGUACUUCCUUGCUCACCAUCUGCGCUACCGCCUAGACUCAAUGGUCCAACUGCAGGACAGUGGAGGGGCAACAUGCAUUUCAGACCCGGCCAUAUGAGUAUGAAGGCACGUAUGUUGUGCAUUAUACGAAGUCAAGCAAGGAAUCGUCGUGUUAGUACUGUGGAUCACAGCAUCACUGAUGUUGUAGAGAAAUCGAGACAGCGUCUCACUCUAUCGCUAGCGGGUCCCUCCAAUCGCUUGAGCCUCCUUAUUAGCUCUGCUCCUUGCACCAAUAUUGAUUCUCACCUUGUCUUCCUUACACUGCGUAUGAGCGUCCACAACGAGCUUCACAAUGUAAAUAAUGUAUCUCAGUACUAUCUUCAUCUGGUCUGGGCGUGAAGACCUAUUGGGCCAAGCGUGCUACGAGCCGGGAGCGGGACACGCCUGAGCCACAUUCGUACAGCAUUCAUUUCGUUGUCCGACCCACGC